CCUGCAGCAUCACAGCAGCAGAAACCGUCAGUGCGUCUUUACGCGCAUUUGCACGUGGGGCAGCAGCGGUCACUUGAUUGGGAUCAGACGAUAAAUAAUAUUCUGUGGGCUUGCACACACCAUGUCAGCUGUUCCACACAGACUGAAGGUUUACAGGGUGGAAGUAUUUGUAUUAAAACUUUUCUGGAUGAAUCCUGAGCUCCAUCAGAGAGCUACAAGGUGAACUUCAGAUCAAAAUUCCUCACGCCCAGGCGCGUGCGUGCAUCUUUAAAACCAUGGAAACGCUCCGAACGCAUAUAAAAGGUCCGCAGACCUUCGAUCGGCCAUUUUUGCACCUGGACUUUGUCUAGACCUCUUGCAAAUUGAACUGAAAGCAUCUCGAAAGCAAUCUUCCUGAAGACAGACCUCACUGGAUCGCCAAGACCAAGAGAAGAAGAAGAAGAACUCACCGGAGAAAGCACCUUUGGACAGAACACCUGCAGUUUGCGUUCAGGUAAGAAAAUUCAUUUCAUGCUUUUCCAGCGUCUCACUAAUCCUCCGAUCUCUGUGAACAUUUUGAAAGCGGUUUCAGUGCAAAAAAUGAGAAUAGUUUGUUGAAUUUAAUGUUUGUUAAGUAACAGAAUUUCGAGGGCCUGUCUGUAAAAACACAGUGUUGCUGACAUUUCUAAGUGAGCCCAAACUUUUGAACAGUAGUGUACAUUUUGUCCACAUUUGACGUUGAAAGUUUUGGGGAAAAUGGCAACGACUGGACUAUUUUUCAUAAAAUGUUGAAAAUAUGAUCUGUUCUGACCCCUGAAGGUCCUCAGAAGCUCUUUCCUAACUUUCUGAUGUAAAUUUUAUUUUCAUGUGAUGUGGUUAAUUGGUUUGUUUGUGCUGAGACCAGUAAUAUGAUUGGCAAAAACUCUGAAUACUGUCCACAUCAGACAGCUGUAUUUUUAUACAGGAUUGUUUGUGUUUCAGAUAAUUUUUUAUGUAUUUUAAGGUUUAAGACAUGUUAAAUGAUUUCUGUAUAUUUUAGGGUUAAAAGUUUUAGAUAAAGAUGGCGACUGGGCCAUUUUUCACAAAAUAACAGAAAUGUGUAUUUUUGGUAACCAUGGAGAUGAUGAAAGUAUUACAGCUUUUAUGCACGACAUUUAAAUUUCAAGAACAAAAACAAUUGUUGCUUUUUAGAUAUUUGCUGGUAUUUGAAAGAAAAAUGAUGCAUAUUAAGGAUACAAAUGCAUACUAUUAAAGUGCAGAUUUUACAGUUUUUAGUAAUUUACAAAGAAUAAAUAAAAUAUGAAUAAAAUUUAAAAAAAAUAAAAUCCGGUAGGAUAUCUGUUUAGACUUCGACAGUAGGGAAAAAUGUAAAUAAUGUCUGUCACAAAUCUGUAUUUUUUACUAAUAAUAAACUGUUCUUUUAUAGUGUGUAGCUGUAAAAUUACUUUGUUUACAGAAAACUCUGAAUACUGUCCACAUCAAACAUUUGUAUUUUUAUGCAGGAUUGUUUCUGUUUUAGAUCAUUUUUUAGUGUAUUUUAAGGUUUAAAACAUAUUAAAUAAUUUCUGUAUAUUUUAGGGUUAAAGAUUUUAGAUAAAGAUGGCGGCCGGGCCAAUUUUUUUUUUUUUUUUUUUUUUUAAUAAAAUAACUGAAAUGUGUAUUUCUGGUAACCAUGGAGAUGAUGGAAGUAUUAGUAGAAGCGUUGGGGUGGACGUCAUGACGUCAGAACGUGCAGGUGUAAACAAAGCAGCUGAGUUGACCAGGUUGAAACUGUUGUCGGAGCAUCAGGUCCUUUUCAGUUCAGAGCUGAUCCUGUGUCUGAACUGACCUGAAGUCAGUGUCUGACUGUCAGCGGGCAAACAGCUGUAGUGUUGGAUCUGUCAUUUGUCAUCAUUUAGGAGCCUUAAACUUCACGUUGUUAGUUGAUCACUCUGAAAUGUGUUUUCUCUCCGAGUGAAGCUGUUUUUCUGUUUUCGUACCGAAAUGUGAGAGUGACUGAAUGAUUUCCAGUUUCUAACCUGGACAAUGACAAGAGACUGUCACAGAAGCGCCCACGUUUGUGUGCUUAUUUUGGAGACGUUCUGUUGCUGGUUCCGCAUGACUUGGUCAAGGUGCCCGAGGUUCAGUUUGCGUAAUUACGCACGCGGUGUUGUGCGCUGCAGCUGGUUGGCUGGAUGAGUAUUUUCUAGCGGUGAUGGAGGCUGUGGCAGCAUCUUGUAAACACAGUACACACAGUAUCAUGGAAGAUGAAGAAAUCAGUGAAAGUGUUCAGACCCUCUUUGCAAACUGUCACAUUAAAAAUUCAUUUAAAUACGAUGUGGUUAUUUGGUUUGAUGGUGAGACACCAGUGAAAUGAUUUUAUUAACGUGUGUUUCUGUGUGGACGCAUCACUGCUGCAUGUGACUGGAUCUGAAUCUGUUCUGUGUAUUUAGUAUUUACUGGUUGAGGCAGAAGCACUAUGAGACAUGAACUUUUUCUAGCUGCAUUUUUUUGAACAAUUUACAGAUUGUCUGUAUUUUGGUAAAUAACAUAAUUACUAAAAAAGUAUAAAUUUUCAUGUUGAAUGAUUCAGGCAAAAGCUUUGAAUAAGUAAGUAAGUAAGUAAAUAAGUUUUACAGGAUAUUUAAAUUUCAAGAACAAAAACAAUUGUUGCUUUGUAGACAUUUGUUGGUAUUUGAAAGAAAAAAUGAUGCAUAUUAAGGAUACAAAUGGUAUACUAUUAAAAUGCAGAUUUGACAGUUUUUAGUAAUUUACAAAGAAUAAGUAGUAAAUUCAUGUGUCUGUUUAGACUUUGACUGUAGGGAAAAAGUGUAAAUAAUGUCUGUCACAAAUCUGUAUUUUUACUAAUAAUAAAUUGUUCUUUUAUAGUGUGUAACUGUAAAAUUACACUGUAAAUUUGCUAAAAUAUAAUUAUUUGAAGGUGCUCAGACCCUCUUUUUAAAAUGUCACAUUUAAAGUUCAUUUUAAUACGAUGUAGUUAUUUGGGUUGCUGGUGGAGACACCAGUGAAAUGAUUUUAUUAACGUGUUUCUGUGUAGAUGCAUCACUGCUGCAUGUGACUGGAUCUGAAUCUGUUCUGUGUAUUUAGUAUUACAGUGGUUGAGGCGGGGGCACUGUGAGAAAUUAGCGUUUUGAACAGUUGUAACUUUUUGAAUAAUUACUGUUAUUAUAUCAUUAAAGCUCAGCAUUUCUAAAUGUAAGUGUAUACACUGGCACAAUAAUGGUUAAAUUAAAAAAAACUUUAAAUAACUGGUAAAUAAAAUCCACAUCAAAAAUCUGUAUUUUUAUGAAUGGUAAUUUGUUCGUUGACAUCAUUUUACCUCAAAAUUACACUAUUUUCAUUGUAUUUAUUUAUUUAUUUAUAUUACUCCUCCUUUCCCCCCUCCAACGUUGCCCGCCACCCAACCCACAUCUCUCCUCCCUCCUCAUCCUCAUCCUCAUCCUCCCGGUCCAAAUGUUGCUCCUCCUAUCCCCCCUCCAGCGUUGCCCGCCUCCCAACUGCCAUCUCUCCUCUCUCCUCAUCCUCCUGCUCCUCCUCAUGUUGCUCCUCCUUUCCCCCCUCCAACAUUGCCCACCACCUAACCUCCAUCUCUCCUCAUCCUCUUCCUCCCGGUCCUCAGGUUGCUCCUCCUUUCCCCCCUCCAACGUUGCCCGCCAACCAACCCCCAUCUCUCCUCAUCCUCCUCCUUUCGCACCUCCUCAGGUUGCUCCUCCUUUUCCCCUCCAACAUUGCCCACAACCCAACCCCCAUCUGUCCUCUCCUCAUCCUCAUCCUCUUCCUCCGACUCCUCAUGUUGCUCCUCCUUCCCCCCCCCAACGUUGCUCGCCACCCAUCAUCCCGCUUCUCCUCAUGUUGCUCCUCCAUUUCUCCCUGUAAUGUUGCCCGCCAACCAACCCCCAUCUCUCCUCAUCCUCUUUCUCCCGAUCCUCAUGUUGCUCCUCUUUUUCCCCUCCAACAUUGCCCACAACCCAACCCCCAUGUCUCCUUUCUCCUCUACCUCCCGCUCCUCCUCAUGUUGCUCCUCCUUUCCCACUUCCAGCAUUGCCCGCCACCCAAACCGUAUCUCUCCUCAUCCUCUUCCUCCCGGUCCUCAUGUUGCUCCUCCUUUCCCCCCUGCAGCGUUGCUCGUCACCCAUCCUCCUGCUCCUCCUCAUGUUGCUCCUCCUUUCCCCCCUCCAACAUUGCUCGCCACCCAACCCAUAUCUCUCCUCUCUCCUCAUCCUCUUCCUCCCGGUCCUCAUGUUGCUCCUCCUUUCCCCCCUCCAUCAUUGGUCGCCACCCAUCAUCCUGCUCCUCCUCAUGUUGCUCCUCCUUUCCCUUCUCCAAUGUUGCCCGCGACCCAACCCCCAUCCAUUUGGGGGAGUGGUGGUUGGGGGCAGUGGUGGCACAACAGUUAAGUCUCUGGACUACUGAUCAGAAGGUCAGAGGUUCAAGCCCCGAUGUGGCCACUGUUGGGCCCUUGAGCAAGGCCCUCAACCCUUCCUGCUCCAGGGGUGCUGUACCACGGCUGACCCGUCGCUCUGACUCUCCCAAUUGGGGAGAGAUGCGAAAAUCAUAAUUUCCCCUCGUGGGAUUAAUAAGGGAUAAAAAUAAAAAAUUAAAAAAAAAAAUCUCUCCUCUCGCCUCAUCCUCCCACUCCUCCUCAUGUUGCUCCUCCUUUUCCCCCUUCGGCGUUGCCCGUCUUUAUUCAUUGUAUAUAGUUCGUUUGUACACUGGGAUUUUUGUUGGAUGUGAUAGCAUCAAAUUUUAUUUGAAUGAAUCUGUUGUUAUUAUGUCUGGUCGAUCUAUUCCAACUGUAUUUGAAUCAAUUCAAUUUGACUGCAUAUUUUUGUGGCCUUGUAAUGGACUGGCGAGCUAUCCAGGGUGUCUCUGCCUUCGCCCUGAGUCGACUGGGAUAGGCUCCAGCCCCAGCGUGACUCUACAGAGGAUCAAGCCGAGUGCAGAUAAUGGAUGGAUGGAUGAAUGGAUGUAUGGAUGGAUGUAUGGAUGUAUGUAUGUAUGGAUGUAUGUAUGUAUGUAUGGAUGAAGACAAGGAACCAAGCCCAUCAGAGAUGAUCCUAGAGAUGACAACCAGCCUGCAAUGUGACAACAGGGCAACUUUGUCAGGAGCAGAAUGCACUGCUGCUUCCUGGACACCAAAUGAUUUCAACAAGGAUGGAACAUUGAGGAGAAAUAUUAGUCAUUUCGAAGGAAAGAUGAUGGGAAACAUGUCCAGGACCAGUGCAUGAGACAUGAGACCACUCAACUAAUACAAGGUUUCUCUGGAUCUGGAGCUACAUGUUUAGAUCUGCUGUUACUGGCUUCACUGACCUGCAAAGAGUUCAUGUUCUCUCCCUCCUCUGUACCCUCAUUCCAAAUGGAGUUUUUUUUUCAACUUCCCAGCAAUGGGAAGUUUUUUUCCUCCAUAAUGCUACUAAAUGCUUGAUAUGAUCAAACAGUAAUGAGAGUCUUACAUAAAAAGUCACAAAAAAAGACCUGUAUCUGUUUGUUUAGAAGUUUGACAUUAUAGACCCUUUCUGUAAUGUUAGAUUUUAAAGAAGCUUAUUCUAUGAUUAGAAAAUCAUGUUAGUCUCAAAAAAAUCUGUUUUCAAACCACUGGUUUCUCAUAAACACCUGUGACUCCUUCUUCAAACACACUAGAUAAUGACAUAAUAAAAUGAAAAUAAUAUAGCAACUCAAAUCACAAAUAGAAAAUAUGAAGUAAAAUACAUCCAAAUCAGAGACACAUCACCCACAACUACAUGUCACCUCUUGAAUGUUGUUUUUAAGUGAAGUCCAGAAGUUUAACAGGUGCAGCAGCUUCUGACCUCUGUGGACUGAGCUGAAAUCGGUUCCAGGGCUACAAAAAUUGGAUAAUUUUAAAGUACUGAUGGUUUCCUCCUGUUACUCUCUGCUCUAUCUGCUUCAUUUUGGAUUCUAAAUAAUCCCAUGGACUUUAAUAUGUUGCUAUGGUAAAUACACAUUUGCUACUUGAUGGUUAUGAGCAGGGUGGACAUUUUAUAAAAAUGGCUGCAAACAUUCUGCAGGGUUAUUCAUUAUUGUUGCACAAGUCCAUGAAAGUCAUUCACAACUGAAAUUAUUUCUGAGGGAUGUUUUUAAUACUAUCAGUUUUGUCUAAACUUAAAGCUAACAUUUCGAUGAUAUUUUGAUGCGAGGGAUUCAUCUAAUAAUUUUGGUCAUUCCACCAGGUGAAUAUUGUGUGUAAUUUAAGCUAAAAUCUCUGCAUCAAUUGAUUGAAAAUUAAAAUCAAAUUGACAUAACUUCAUGAAAUUAGCUUGCCAACUACACUGUAAACCCAAAUAGCACAACUACAAAAACAACAUAAACAGUACUGGUGUAGUAAUUAACACCACAUAUUUAGUUAACUAUAAAUUUGUGAGUCUUUCUACCUAGUAAUGAUGUUUUCAUUUUAUUUGGGUACAUGUUUUUGAGUAAAUAUUGUCCACAACCUCAUGAUUUAUGACUAAAUCAUAGAUUCUGUAAUAAUAAUUAGUCCACUAUUUACCUUUACUCCAGUCUGGAGUAAAGGUAAACAGAACAGGUUGAGGUAAAAUGAGC